GGCCGUUUUGGAGGAGGCGGGGAGCACGUAGACCCCUCUCUCUCCCAGACAAAGCGGUGGGGCCACGGCACAGUGGCGUUCAGAUCGCAUCCAGCUGGGAGGGGAGGGGGGCUUGGGAGGGAGAGUCUCUCUCUCUCUCACACACACACACAUAUACACCCAGACCUGUCUGUUUUAUUCACCAGUUUCUGAGAGAGAGGGAGGGUGGUAGGUGGGUGUGGAGGGAGAUCCCAAUUCUCUCUCUCUCACACACACACAGCCUAGCUCUUACCCCACCUCCCUGGCGAUGUCUGCCUUCGCCUGUCGCGACUAUUUCGCCGCCGAGUGCCUCAUGUCCAUCUCCAGCGGGGCGGUGGUGCACCGAUCGCCGGUCAAAGACGAGGAAAGUUCCCGGGAGGACAAAGAAGUCAGCGACACGCUCAAGGAAGGAGGGGGCGGUGGAGGUAACCUGCUGCUGGUGGCCAGCAUUCUGACCGACCUGCAGAAAUCCCGACCCAUGUCAUCCAACUCCGAGAGUAGCAACUCGUCCUCGUCGUCCGGGGAGAGCCUGGAGAGCGGCUACACCACCCUUUCCGAGGGUCCCGGCACCCCGACCCUGGGGACCGCCAACUCUACCCCCGAGAAGCGGAAAAGCAGGCGCUCGGAUAAAUGUGCGGUGAAGAAGCAUCAGUGCUGCUUCGCCGGCUGCGGUAAAGUGUACGGGAAAUCGUCCCAUCUGAAAGCACACAUGAGAACUCACACAGGGGAGCGACCAUUUCCUUGCACCUGGCCACAGUGUUUGAAGAAGUUCGCCCGCUCAGAUGAGCUGGCUCGACAUUAUCGUACCCACACUGGUGAGAAGAAAUUCAAGUGCCCGAUGUGCGAGAAGAGGUUUAUGCGCAGUGACCACUUGAUGAAGCAUGCUCGGCGACACCCUGACUUCAAGCCCAGCAUGAUUACCAAACCCAACAGCAGAAGUACAUCACCCCCCAACAUGUUGGCACCGACCUUCCACAGCCUGGCAUCCCCUUCCAUCGUCAGUUCUCCGAAUCCUGCUGGUCCCGUGCUCAAUUAAACUGGAGGGGGAUUUUUAAAGAAAAACAUUUUGUACCAAAAGUCUUGUUUAAACUGAGUUUAUAUCCCGCCCUCCAAACAUGUGUGGACUGUGCUUUGUAGAUUUCUGCUUUCAAACCAUUCAACCGUUGUAGAUUAAUGUUGGAAGUCUUUUUCACAUGCAUUGUUUUUGCGCACACACUGACUGUAGCCAGCAACUGAAGUUCAGCUGCUAACUUUGCUGGAUUGGUAUCCUCAUAAAAUAGAGAGUGUUAUGAACCUUCCUAAUCUCCCAGUUAUUAUUGGAUCUAGUUAACCUGAUGCCUGUUUUUAUUUUUGAAUUUUUAACUUAUUGUGAUAACUCCAUACGGGCUUUGGAGUAUACUGAAGGUAAGCCAUUGUUUAGUCAUCCAGUCAAAAAUAGCUUUUCCUCAAAUUCAAAAAAAAGUCCUACAGACUGACUGAACCACAGUUUCACAAGUAAAUGAAACUGCCACACAAUAUUUCACUGUGUGCUAAAUGGUGACAUGAAGCUUGAUAACAGAUCUUUUGACUGAGAAAUAUAAAAGAUACUUCAAAGCAAUUUACCUGAAACAAGGAUAGUAAAUAUGAUGUUGCAAUUUCAGUUUUAAUAUCAUGGUCAAAAAGGAAUUUAAAAACUAAGAAACCAAUUUUGCCCAGUUUCUCCAAUUCAGAGUUGGCAAUGUGAUCUUAUGGCUCAGUUUAACUUAGUUGUACACAUCCCUCCCCUGGAGAAGUUCUCAUUGGGAUUUAACUCAGGGACUGAAUUACUGUAAAUUACAGUAUUCCUACAGUGAUAAUGAUUUGCAGUUACUUAAUUGAUCUGUCUCAGGGCUACAAAGGAUCUUGCCACAUGUCACAGAAACAGACACAGCACUGCGAUUAUGACCACUGUUGUACCUCUUUCAGAAUCUUCAAUUUCUUUGGGCUGGUGUGGGGAGGGGAGUGCUGUUUUGUUCAGUGGACUUGCUGCAAUGUCUCCGUACUCCUGCACAAGACCCUUGCAUGAUGUGUAGUGGCUGGGUGCAACAAGUAUUGAAAUUACUACCUUCUGGUUUACAGCUCAGUUUAACUUCUGUUUGUGAGGUUUUAACAUUGCAUAGGAUGUACCGUUCAAUCCUAAACACUGGUUCUAGUUUUAGACCAGCAGUGUCAAUCUGACUUUACAUGAGAUCAAUCUUCUGCAAAUGAAAUAUGCCCCAAGUCUUAAAUGAGCGUGAAGAAAUCAAAUUUGUAACAUGGUAUCUGUGCUGGCAAAGGCCUACCUCUGGUCUAGCUUUCUGUGCUCUGGAUUACUUGCAAAAGUGUAUCCAGUAGUGCUUUGUAUUGCAGCUCACCGGAGGACAGUUCCCAACUUGGGACCACUUUUUUUCUGGGAAACUCACUCACGGUGAAGUUGAUAAAAAGGAACAUUCUGUUACACUGCCCAUUAGGAUUCUGGAACAGAUUUUACAAACUGUUUUGCAUAGGAGCUGCAGACAAUUCAGGACACUUCAUGGGUUAUUUUCUGAGAUCUGCUGGUCAGUGGUGACAAUUGUACAACAUGUAUUACACUUUUUAAGAAAGGUGUAUCGCCAAAGGUUUUAGUUGGAGGUUGAUUGAAAGGUGAUUGGCAUUACCUGCUCAAGUCAUCUGUGUGCAAAAAUGAUAUAGCUGUGGGGUUGUGUGUGUACUGACUUUCUCUAAGUGCUCAUAUAUAUAUGGUAUUUUUGUAAUGUUUCUACUCAGGGGGCUGUGUUGCUGAUGCAUGCAUUUCACCAUACCAGUGUGGAGCUUGUGUGUAUCUAGGUUUUAUACCUGUUCAGUGUGUGAAGUUGGAACAGUGUUGUUCCAAGUAACUUGCUUACGGUAUGCUGUUGAUCAGUUACCAGAAGGGAAGAUAUUCAUAUUCUUUAUCUUUGAAGUGUUCUACUCUACUAAAAUUGCUAGCUGCAU